AUGGCCGACGACGACAUGUUCCUCGACCAGGAGAGGCUCAAGAAGAUGAUAGCGUUGGGCAUCUAUGACGACAAUAUGGCCGGCAAAGUGAAGAACAUUAAGAACAAAGAUCUCGUCGAUAAGACACCGCAGGCCCGACCGCCGGACCCACCGAUGGACACCUCUUCGGGUCCGCCGAUGGGUAUGAGUCGCGGCGGCGGUCGAGGCGGAGGUCGCGGUCGACAAGAGUUUGGCCGCGACUUACAAACUGAUGGCAACGAAGGCUGGUCUCCAAUGGGCCGCCAGUUUAGGAGCGGUUUUACGGCAAACAGUGCCUACAAGUGGUCAGUUGUCGGCGAAGAUCGGCACAGAGGCAGAGGUAGAGGUCGAGGUCAGCACCGGUCGUAUAACCAGAUGGACGACAGAAGCUCUGGCGACGGAUACCGCGACGGCUUCAGAAACAGCAUCAGAGAUGGCAUUCAGGAUAAGAUCCAGAGGAAUGAAAGCGACCGACAGAUGAACAUCGAUCAGAUGCGCGAGAAGUACUCUUCCGGUAAUCAUACGAUUGAUACUGAUUUGCGGCCCAAACCGGACACCGACUUACGUCGUGCGGCCGACAGUAGGCGACAAACCGCUGAUAACUUAUCACUCAAUACUUUCGCAGACUUUGAUAAUGACGAAGACUUUAGAGGCGGUGGCGGCGAUCGCGGGGACAGGCGAUUCGAUCAUAAGCCUAUGCCUCGGCCGCCACUGGUGGACGAUCUCGACGACUUCAUUCAGAUGGCGAGCGCCAAACUCAAUGAAUCACUUUCGCCGCUCAAGAGGAAGAAUCGCUCAGAAGAGUCGGAUCCUGAUCUCGAUAGGAGUCGUCAGCGACAGUACGAACAGGAGAUGCGUCGCGGAGGGGGAGGACGUGGACGCGGCGGUGAUAGAGGUGGUGGUCGGGGCGGUGGACCGCCUCAACGCCGGCCCGAAGACCUCUUCCCCCAAAGACCCAAACGAACGGACGUUGAUUUUGAUCACAGAAAUGACAGAGACUUUGGGAACAAAGAGCCCCAAAAUGACUACAAUUCUCGUCCACCGAAGCCGUCGUUUGAACGGCCGAGACGUCUGUCGCCAAUAGAGCGGCGCUUAAGACCCGAACCGGAAGUGGCGGCUGACGUGCCCACAGAGGCUGAAGAGGACGUGUCCAGAGAUAUCGCAAUCUUAAGGCAAACUGUGGAAGAGUUGUCGAAAUCGAAUCUUUACUGUCACUAUUGUGACCAUUAUCUGAGUUCAACGAACGACAUCGACGCUCACUUGGGAUCACUCAUUCAUCAGCAAAAUAUGGCUAAAAAGGAAAUGCAAGACAACGCGAAGGUUGACAGCGAUGGGAGGUUUGGGGCCAACGAGAGAGCGGACACGAGUCGAACGGUUGUGGAUCGGGUGCCGACAGGAAUGGCCGCUUUGGUCCAAAUGAUUGACUCCCGGAAACAGAUUACACUUACAUCGUUGACUGAUAUGGACACUUACGCGAUUUGUUCUGAAAGUGAGGCCCUAUUGGCUAAAGAAUUGGCCAAAUUAUUGACCCAAGAGUUGCUUAACUAUAAGAUGAGUUCAAUGCCCGAUACGGUUAAAGAGGCUCUCAAAAACCAAGGCAUCGGUCUAUUGAAUACUAUGACAAAGUCUUGAACAUCGCAUCCAACAAAUCACUUCAUAUAUAAUUUAAUAUUUUAGACAAUUAUUAGUGGGAAAUGGUCUGAAAUUUUGUUCUUUAUGUUUACUGUACAGCAAAUCAUUUUAUAUAUUUUGAUUAAACACUAUUUCCAACUCA